AUGUACCAUACCACGUUAGCUGCCAAGGUCAGAAAUAGCAAACCACAGAUGCAUGAUGGCAUCAUCAUCACUGAACCAAAGGAGGAAGCAAAGGAAAUAAUUUUGUAUAUUCGAAUUGUUGGGACUCACAACACAGUGAACAAGAUUUUUCACAUUGUGGCUUUUGAAUGUAUGUUUACAAACAAAACCUUCAAUCUCGAGAAGGGACUGAUAGUUCCCAUGGAGAAUGUUGCAACGAUUUCCGAUUGUGCCAGUGUGAUUGAAGGAGUCAGUCGGAGCCGAAACGCCUUGCUGAACGGGGACACUAAGAAUUAUGAUUGGGAUUCUGGCUACACAUGUCACCAGCUAGGAAGUGGUGCGAUUGUGGUUCAGCUGGCCCAGCCGUACAUGAUUGGGUCCAUACGGCUACUACUUUGGGACUGCGAUGACCGGAGCUAUAGCUACUACGUCGAGGUCUCUACCAACCAGCAGCAGUGGACCAUGGUUGCCGACAGAACUAAAGUCUCCUGCAAGUCCUGGCAGUCAGUAACUUUUGAGAGACAGCCCGCCUCCUUCAUCCGAAUCGUUGGAACGCACAACACAGCAAAUGAGGUGUUCCACUGUGUCCACUUCGAGUGUCCGGAGCAGCAGAACAGCCAGAAGGAAGAAAACAGCGAGGAGCUGGGGGCGGGGGACAGCCCGGCCAGUCAGCAGCUUGACCCCCACGCCCUGCAGGCCCCCAGCGGCAGCUCGCUGCCCCCCAGCCCACGCUCCAACUCGCGCUCGCCCAACCGGCAGCACCAAUAAAGGAGGCAGGGGCCUGGUGUGACUCGGGGGGCCCCGACGACAGCAGGAAGCGGUGUGUCCUCCCUGAGCAGGGGGCUUUGUUGACUGUCCCCCACCCCAUUCCUGGCUGCAAAA